CGCCAAUCGCUGGACUGACGACACUCAAGGUACCUACCUACCUACCUACCAAGAGCAGUCUCCAAACAACCUACCUAACAAACGAACUGCCCCUCAAUCAUCACAACAUCAACAACACGAACCCAUCGCGAACGCAGUGUAGUCGCCGCCCAGCCCACGAUACCCGAAAUAGUCUGACAGCGCCUAUCCACACAUCCUCAUUACUGCACAUCAUGGCGGAGCCUGCGUUCAAGCCGGAGAAGGACUUCUCCAAGGAAGUCGACAAGCUGCUGCCCGAGGCCGAGCAGUUGGCCAAGACAGACAUUCAAGCGGCUAUCGAGAAGCUUUCUGUCCUCGAAAAGCAGACGCGCCAGGCUUCCGACCUUGCAUCGACAUCCCGUAUCCUGGUCGCUAUCGUUACCAUCUGCAAGAAUGCAGGCGACUGGAGCUUGCUCAACGACCAGACCCUUGUUCUCUCCAAGAAACAUGGCCAGCUCAAACAAGCCAUCACCAAGAUGGUACAGACCGUCAUCGACUUCCUCCCAGAAACCCCGAACCUCGAGACCAAGCUCUCCGUCAUCGAGACGUUGCGCACUGUUACCGAGGGCAAGAUCUUUCUCGAGGUUGAGCGCGCGCGCGUCACCAAGAUUCUCUCCGACAUCAAGAAAGAGCAGGGCGAUCUCAAGGCUGCGACCGAUAUCCUGUGCGAGCUUCAGGUGGAGACAUUUGGCUCCAUGGACAGGAGGGAAAAGACGGAAUUCAUUCUGGCUCAGGUGGCGCUCUGCAUAGAGAGCAAGGACUGGACACAGGCGGGCAUUCUCAGCAGAAAGAUUAGCACCAAGUACCUUGCGCGCAGGCCCAAGAAAACGCAAGAGCAGCUCGACAAGGAACAGAAGGACAGGGAGGCCAAGAAGGCCAGGGGCGAGGAGGUUUCUGAGGAGAAGGAAGAUGAUGUCACCGACCUCAAGUUGCGAUACUACGAACAACAGAUCAUUUUGGCCAAGCACGACUCAAGAUACCUCGACGUCUGCAAGUACUACCGUCAAGUGCUGGAUACCGAGGCGGUAGAGGAGGACCCCGCCAAGUUGCAGGCCGUCCUGCAAAGAAUCAUCUACUUCAUCAUCCUUGCCCCUCACGACAACGAGCAACACGAUCUCCUUCACAGAAUCCACAAGGACCCACGAAUCGCACAGGUCCCUCAGGAUGCCGAGUUGUUGAAGCUGUUUACCGUCCACGAGCUCAUGCGCUGGCCCGAGGUUUCCAAAAUUUUUGGCCCACACCUCUGCAGCACCGAGAUCUUCGACUCGGAGCCCAACCAGUCAGCCGACGACAAGGCUUUCCAGCGCUGGCAAGACCUGCGUAAGCGCGUCAUCGAACAUAAUGUGCGUGUGGUGGCCAAGUAUUACACGCGCAUUCGUGUGGAUCGCCUUACCCAGCUGUUGGAUUUGACCGAGGACGAGACGGAGAAGUAUAUCAGCGAGCUCGUGACGUCCAAAACGGUCUAUGCCAAGAUCGACCGCCCGGCGCGCAUCGUGAGCUUUGCUAAGCCGCGGGAUGCGGACGAUAUCCUCAACGAGUGGAGCUUCAACAUGAAGAGCUUGCUAGGCCACCUGGAAAGAAUUGACCAUCUGAUUACCAAGGAGGAAAUGAUGGCAAGAAUCCAACCCGGAGCAAAGUCGUCAAAGAAGAGCAGUAAGGAGAAAGCGGCGGCGCGCUAGAGAAGCUCAAGCUUCCUUACUGCACUGACCCCAGUUGUGGUCAGAAACAGACGGUAACCAUCGCGACCAUAGGGCGAGGCGAGAAGCCGUCGAGUCAAAUUACUCCCUAGUCGCCAUCUUCCCGGCAGAGACUUCGUGGGCCAAAGCAAGGCUGGAUGCAUUACAGCAAGAACUAGCAGCUUUGUAUGAAUAGACAUGACUACUAUGGAGCACAAGGGACGUAAUUAUUUAUCACUUAUAUCCCGGUUGAAGGGAGCGCAGUCUACUGCCAGGUAGAAAACGAGAUGUCCAGCAUACGGAAGGCUCCAGUUGCUUGUACGCAAGUGAUGCCGUAGGUUGUUGCAGGUUGUUCGAAAAUCAAGCCCGCAUAAGUAGUGAUAAUAUGAAAGGGCUUCAUCUCUCAAGCUUCGCAAGUGGACAGUGAUGAACCGCGCAAUACUUUAG